AUGUAAAUAAUGCUGAAUUUUAAUAGCAUUUGUCGCACUUGUUCAAUGAAGGGUGAAUUACAAUCCCUUUUCGUUGAAGAUUUACUAAAUCCUGCAGAAAUGUUAACCCAAAUAAUUGAUAUUAAGGUGAUAAAAAACGAUAAAUAUCCACAAAAUAUUUGUACUAGAUGCUUGGAUACUUUAAGAUCUGCUUACAUAUUCAAGAAUCAAUGUUUAGAUGCAUAUAAAAAAUUUGAACAAUAUUUAUCACUUAAUUCAGAAAUCAAUUUAGAUUGUAAAGAAGAACCGGUUGAUACCGAUUUUGUAAAAGAGGAAAACCAAUCAGAUAAUUCAGAAAUUGAUGACGAUUGGUUCGAAUUAAGUAAUGAGUUAGAAAGUAUUACAGAGAGAAAAUCUUACGAGUGUGAAGCGUGUAAUGUAAAAUUUGAAAAUAAAAAAAAUUAUGAAAAGCAUUUAAAAACCCAUAAACAGUUGUAUAUUUGUCCUAUUUGUGGUGAACAAAAAUCAAGUAAAGCUCGCUUAAAACAGCACAGCUUUAAACAUUCAGACGAAAAACCUUAUAAAUGUGAAAAAUGUAACACGCAGUUCAAACACCCACACAAUUACAGAAGACAUCUCAAAAAGCACGAAGAAUCUCACAUUUGCUCCAUUUGCGGUAACCAGUUUUGUAGUAAAAAACGUUUAGUACAACAUAGACAUGAACAUUAUAAUGAAAAUGCAAUCAUUAACGACGAAAAUCGGACAAAAAUUGAAUCCAAGAGAAAAUAUCUAUGCGAUUACUGUGGACGUGCGUUCAAUGAGACUAGGAGAUUAAAUGCUCAUAUACGAACUCAUACCGGCGAAAAACCUUUUUCAUGUACUGAAUGUAAUAAAUUUUUCACAGCUAAAAAGAAUUUGCACCAACAUGUACAAAAACUUCAUUCGAAUAAAAGACCCUUUAAAUGCAAUUUUUGUGAAAAAAGUUUUGCCGUGUCACAUUUGCUACAGCAACAUGUAAGGAUACACAUGAAUGCAAAACCAUUUGAAUGUGAUAUUUGUAAUCAAAAAUUUCGAGAAAAACAUCAUUUAACUCGACAUCAAUUCGUACACACCGGUGAAAAACCAUUUUCGUGCGGUGUUUGUGAUAAACAAUUUACACAAAAGAGUAAUUUACGAUCGCACAUGAGAACACAUACAAGUGAAAAAUCGUACGUGUGUUCGAUAUGUAGUGAAGUUUUUUAUGAUUCUAGUAGUUUGAAAAAUCAUCAGACUAUGCAUGUUUUACAAUAA